AGCACGGCCGCGCGGAGUGAUUCGGCUGGGGCUACAUCCAGGCGCUGCCCCAUCACUUCGGCUUUCUUUCGCUGCUCAAGCUAAGAUUUAACCGGGGGUCGCGCUAUAGCCGUGGCUGCACAUAGAAACACUACAGUUACGUCCGUUUAGCUAAGCUAUAUUUACGUCGUCCGCAGCACUACAACCCAGUAAUCUUAAUUUGAGGUUUUUAAAUAGAAAUUUGUAAAUUAAAAAAAACAACGUAAAUAUGUCCUGGCAAGGCUACGUGGAUAACCUGAUGGCCGACGGCAGCUGCCAGGAUUCCGCCAUUGUUGGGUAUACUGACGCCAAAUACGUCUGGGCAGCACAAUCCGGCGGUACUUUUAACAAUAUAACGCCUCAAGAAAUUGAUGUCAUAGUAGGAAAAGAUCGUGAGGGUUUCUUCACCAGCGGUUUGACCCUUGGUCAGAAGAAGUGCUCCGUGAUCAGAGACAGCCUUCUAAUUGAUGGAGAUUGGACGAUGGACAUCAGGACAAAGAGUCAAACCGGAGAGCCAACAUACAAUGUUUCUGUAGGCAGAGCUGGCAGAGCGUUGGUUUUAGUCAUGGGAAAGCAAGGUGUCCAUGGUGGGCAACUCAACAAGAAAGCAUAUCUCAUGGCUGAGUACCUGAGGAAGUCUGGAUAUUAAGCAGCCUCCCUCCCAUCCAUCUAGCAACGCAUUAUCAUCCACCUAUUGUGUUGACAGUACUACCAGACGUAGUUGGUAGAUGCUUGUUUUUUCUCCUUCAGCCCCCCCCCCCCCCCCCCCCCACCCUCGUCAUCCUUUCCUCCCUUGUCUCCACCUUCAUUGAUACGCAUUAACACUGCCUACUCGACUCCAUUUUUCUGGCACUACUGUUGCACCGUGAUAAAAUAAGCAUGUUGAUGUGACAUUGCAAAAUAAAAAAGGUUGGAAAAAAAUUGAAAAACUUUGGGGAAACGGAGAAAAAAAAACUGAUUUAAAACCAGUUUGGGCGCUUUCUUAGGUAAACACAGACCUGACAAAGGAAGGUGCCGGUAGUACAAUCUUAAACUGAUCAAUCCCUUUUGAGCGAUUACCAAGCUCAUAUAGUCUUCCUUUUCUAGAACUUGUCUGGGAGGGAAAACUGCAUGCGUAUGUUUGCUUUCUGAAGUUUAUCUCCCAUUCCUUUGACAUCCCACCACACACACACUACUUCUACCAUCUCCUGAGCUGAAAUCUGUAUCAUUGCAGUGUUUUCCUGCCUGUUGGCAACACUCCAUCAUAAACCUUACUUCAAUAACCCCCCACCCCCCAUACAUACACUACUUCUACCAUCUCUCGAGCUGAAAUUUGUCAUUUCAGUUUUUUCCUACCUGUUGGCAACACUCCAUCAGAUGCUUUACUUCAGUAAACCCCCCACCACCCCACCACAUACACACAUACAGCCACACCCAGAGCUGCAUAAGUCUACAUGGGAUGCUUCUGCUGUUGAACAUUGUCUUAGUUACUUGUCAGGUUGCCACAUUAUUCAGAGUGUGACGGCAAACCAGCAUUGCUGUGACGCAGGUGUUUUACUCCCCAUGACCUUUUCUUUACAUCCCUGACUACAUCUCCAUGGACAUUCCACCGUUAUGAUAGCUCAGGCACUUAACCUUUGUUUGCCAGCUUCUGUAAUAUAAACUUUUUUUAUGUUGAAAGGCUGCCAUUUUGGACAAUUGAUGUAUCCCAACACAGCCAUCUGGAGUGUGUCCAGUUUUGAAUUUUUUUCAUAGGACCAAUUUUAUUUGCAGCUUGUGGGAUUUACAGAAUUACUCUAAGUGUAAAGGAUGACUACUAGUUUCAUCUGUUUUGCUGUCUACAGAACUCUAACUUUUAAUACUCUAAUCAAAAGAUGGUAAAGGAUACUACAAUUUUGAGUAAAACAGAUGGAAUAACGGUCUCCUUAUUUGUCAGCAAGUGUUGGAAAAAAUGUUUGAAAUGAAUUGCAUUUUGUUCUGUAAGCCCACACUGUGGAGAACAAAACUGUGGAAGAAAUUGCCUUGUGCUCUAGUCAUCUACUAAGAUGUGGAAUCAGUCUGUCAAAGUGCAGUACUAAAUGUUUAUGUCCAAUAAAAAGGAAAACGCCCAGAAUAGUAUAACUGUGUACACUUAAUGGGAGAUGGUAUUGGUUGGAAUAAGAACACUUGGUUGUCUUGUGGGAACUUGCUACACAAUCUGUCUUGUGCCAUAAUGUGGAGAGGUGAUCUGUUGCUAUUGUGAGAUGGAUUUAAACUGCUGUCCAGCAAGGAAUCAUUUGAAUAACACUUCCUUAGGGGGUAAUUUGGCAUAAGCUGAACAUUUUCAGGCCUUGUGGAAUAUGUACAGAUUAAAACAAAUCUUGUUGUUGUUUUAUGUUCUUUCCCUACACUUUCUUACAUCUUGGAUAGUCUAACUCGUCUGAUUCAAUAUGCAUUAAAAUGCCAUAAAUUGAUGACACCUUGUUUACAGACAGAUCAAAUAAAUUUAUUCCAGCCAGAUAA